CGGCCGGCGGUGCUCCGAACCUGGGCGGGGCGGCCGAGCAGGAAGCCGGAAGCGCCGCGGCCCAGCUGGGAGAUAUGGCGGGCGUUAAAGCUCUUGUGGCAUUAUCUUUCAGUGGGGCUAUUGGACUGACUUUUCUUAUGCUGGGAUGUGCCCUAGAGGAUUAUGGCGUUUACUGGCCGUUGUUCGUCCUGAUCUUUUACGUCAUCUCUCCCAUCCCCCACUUCAUCGCCAAAAGAGCAACGGAUGACUCCGAUGCAGCCAGCAGUGCCUGUCAGGAACUGGCGUACUUCUUCACGACUGGGAUUGUCGUCUCUGCCUUCGGACUGCCUAUCAUUCUUGCUCGUGUGGCUGUGAUCAAAUGGGGAGCCUGUGGCCUCGUGCUGGCAGGCAAUGCCGUCAUUUUCCUUACGAUUCUAGGUUUUUUCCUUGUGUUUGGAAGAGGAGAUGAUUUUAGCUGGGAGCAGUGGUAGCACUUUAUUCUGAUAAAAUGCAUUUAAUUUCUUAGAAUUCAUACUAUGUGUAUAUGUGUGCACAUGUGGCCUUUUACUAUGAAAUUUACUAUGCUGGUUUUUUUAUACCUUUAUAUCAUGUUCACUUUAAGGAAGACUACAUGAGAAAAAGAGUAAUUUUAUUGUCAGUCUAUACUCACGUUGAAUUAUGUUAUUUGUUUGGCUGUUCGUAUGGUCAUGGUGCUCUCAGAAAAUACAUUAACACAGUCUCGUAGCCAGCGUCUCACUUCUACAAGGCACCUGCACCUCUUGCCUGGCCCUGGGCUUGGGAGGCAGGUAACACAGGAGCAGCUCUCCGUUUGCACAGGACUUCCGAGAUUUACUCGUGGCCCAGAGAGACAGGUGGCUCCCGCUUUGUGCUGUAGAGUCUUGCUGGCCCACAGACCAAGAGCAAGAGCAUCCGCAUCUCCUAGGAGCUCAUUAGAAAUGCAGAAUCUGAGGACCCACCCUGGACCCAGUGCAUUUUGAUGAGAUCUCAGGUGAAUUGUAUGCACAUUGAAGUCUGAGAAGCGCUCUAGAGGGAUCGGCUUCACACCCAGCUUCCUUGUCUUCCGCUUGGCUGAACCGCUUAACCUCUCUGAGCGUUAGCUGCUCAUUUGUUCACCUGGCCUCAUGGUGAGGCCUAGUUCAGACUCUCUUUGGUGAAAUGUCCAAACCCAUAAUAUAUAGGCUGUGCCACAAAUUUGUGACAUGUCCUCAGUAGGGAAUAACUAUGCCUUCAUACUGUCUGAAAGGCAGUGGCUGUUUUCUCAGUGCUGGGGGACAGACUAACCCCAGCAUAACCCACUGCGAGGCAGGGAGGGGAGACCGGGCUGAAACCAGUCCGGGUUAGCAGGAUGAGGAAGACUAGAUGGGUAACACUGUUUACUUCCCCUUUAUGUUCUGACCCUUCUCCCCAGCUCCUUGCCUGUGCUGCCCGCCCCCCCACUUUCCCCCACCCCCAGUUCUGAUAGGCCCUCGCUUCGAGGUGGCUCUGGCUGCUGCUUUCUGUAGACACAUAGGAGCUGAGUGAGCAAAGCAACGAAUGAGCUGCUUCAUUUUAUUUACGUGUUGAAGGACUUACUGUCUUUCAUGUCCUGUAGGACUUUAUAUAUAUAUAACACUUUAUGCCACUUUUAAAUGAUUCUUUGGGACUACAUGUCAUGCUGGAUCCUGUAAUCACAGUUUUUAUAGCUCAGUGUUUUGUCCAAGACCUUUUAAAAAAGGGAAAUAGGGGAAAUAGAACCACUUGAUCAGAAUAUAAACAAUAAUUUUAAAGCAUUGUUAAUGUGUAAUAGUUGACAUACGUUCCAAACACUGAAACCUUGAAUUUUGUAAUCUGAGUAAUUCGAACCUCUUCAGAUUCUGGAAUGAUGCCGGGACCUGGAGAAGAUAAAAGCGAUACCUAAAAGGAUAAUGUGCAAAGUGAUAUUUUGGCCUUGUGCAUGAUUUUUUGUUUUCAGUGUUCUAAGUACAUGUAGAAUUGUUGAAGUUAUCACCACCAAUGUUUAUAUAGAAAAAUUAGUAGACACUAGAAUUUUAACCAGCAUUUUUAAUAACACUUGCACUUACUGUAUUGUAAUAAAUUUCACUUUUAACGCAAAAGAAAAGUUUAAUUUGAAAAGUCUUUAUUCUGAUGUAGGCUUGCUUUAAAAUAACAAAAAAGUGAGAAUUUCUUGGUGUUCCGAAAUGGACAGUUUUGAGCAGUAAUCUUUCCUGCAAGAGAAUGAUAGCAAUAAGUUUUAAGAUACCAUUUUGAAUGUCUAGUUGACUUGCAAUAGCUUUUAUUUUCCUGAGAUGGAAAUAGUGUUUAGUUUAUACUGUCUUUUGCAAAAGUGUCUUUGUUGCUUAUACACAUUUCGAAUAACCAAGGUAGCCUUAAUAUGUGGCCUUAAAGCAUUGCCUCUUGGUUGUGUUUCCAGAAUGAUAUGAAGUACUUGCAUGCAGGAUUUUUGUAGCUAUGCCCUAAUAACAGAAUGGAUUAUUGAAGCGAUCACUUAUUAGGUUUGCUGUGUGUCUGAAAAGAGACGUUUCUGCUGCAGCACGUGAGUCUCGUUUAAGGAGUAAACGUGCACAGGAAGUAGUGCUGUAUAUGGAUGUGCAAAAGUUUCAUCCUGGUGACACAAAGUUGGGCAUUUUUUUCUCCUUAUAAAAGGUUCAUUUUUUCUUUAUACCCUAGAAUAUAUUUUGAAGAUUCCAAGCACAUUGAUUACAUUCUAAAGCUGAGAGCACCCAUCAAGAAUUGCCCACAGUAAGCGUCUUAAAAAGGGAUCUCUGUCCCGGUCCAAACAGCUGGCUCGCAGGCGGACUGUGAGACGCCUUCCCCACAGACUCAGUGUUACGAUUGGUGGUUGAGUUCCCAGGCCAAGCAGCUGAGGCAGCUACACCCUACUGUGGCCGGCCUGUCACCCUCAAGGCACCGGCCUGAGUUUUGGGUCUUGGAAAAAGAAGUGUGACCAGUUUGGAGGAAGGGAAGUGUACAUUUCCAGCUCUUUUCCUGAGAACAAGAUCUUUCUUCCUUCAGUUUUUGCAGGCUUUUCCAUCUCCUCAUGCCCUGGGGGCGUCCAGACUCCUGUGAGGUUUGCUGGCCUCUCCUGACUCGGGGCCUUCCCCGUAGCUCAUCCCACCUCCUGAGGGUCUUCAGAUUCCAAAGUCACCCACCUUUCUACUCCUACCAAUAGUUUUCUUAGGGGAGCUGAUACCACGUGGUGUUAAUGGGAAAGCAAUCUGAUCAAACUCCUUUCCAGAAAGAGCGAGUGGCCUCUGAGCCUCUUCCCCACACCUGAACCCCCGUCCGUGCCUGAACCCCCAUCCGUGCCUGCACCCCCAUCCGUGCCUGCAUCCUGUGCUCGCUACACGCAGUUUUACAAGAAAGUCUCGUGACCCAAUGACUCAGUCACGGAAAAUGGCAGUGUCUCAAAGUAAAGUCAAAAAAGCAUUCCAGCAGCUUAUAGAAGGAUAAUCAUCCUUUGGGACAGGGGCAAACUUGUCACCUCUCAUCAUUUCCUCAGGGUGACUUCUCAGCGGGUCCUACUUUUCAUAGCUGUUUCUUUUCCUCCGCUUAACCCACAGGUUUUCUUACGGUCCUCAAGAGACCCUUACAUCUGAGGUAUCCUCCUGAUGAAGACUCUUCUAAAGGCUGAAAUGUUUCAUUAAGUUCAUAACAUUCCUUAUGCUCUCAGGGAACUGCUUAGAUAACACAAAAGUGUGCCUUUUCAAAGUUUGCAAAAUUGAGGUUCUGCACCAUAAUUUAAGCAAAAUAUUUCGGAGGAUGCUAGCAUUUUUCAAGCAUAAUAGUUCACAACUGGGAAAAAUUAUUUUUGUAGAUGAAUAUAAGCUGUGCAUUUUAAUUUUCUUUUCCAUUCUGCUUCAUGAAGUACCUUAUUUUCAAAAAUCCCGGUGCGUUAUAGCUCGUGAGUUAUAGCCUGCUUGUCAGUGGCCGAGCUCCUGGAGGAGAGCGGCGAUCCGUGUGGCCCCAAACGUGAUGUGCAAGGCCCCCGAGGUGGCGUUAGAACACAUCAUAUGUGUAGGAUCAGGAUGAUUACUUCUUAAAUAAAACUUGUCAUUUAUACUUUAACAAGGACUUCUAUUACAUUAUUAAACUAGAACGUUCAUAUUUUACUUGGGGAUGCAGUAUAUUUGGAAAAGGGAUCAAGAGAUUUAUUUUCCCCCGUCUUUGUUUGGAUCAUCUUAAUGUGAAUUUGACUGUUUUUGAGCCCACACUUAUUGUAGUUGAGAAGCAGUCCAGGAAUGUGUGUGAGUAGAAGGAAUCCGGUCCCUAGUUACAGCUUUGCUAAGGCUGACGCUCCUGGGGGUGGGGGUGGAGGUGGGUGUGGGGCAUGGUUAAUCAAGAAGUGGAAAAGGGAGAAGGAAGUGACACUAAAAAAAGUGCCGUACGUAUUCUGAAGAGUCUGUCUGUGCCUUACAGAAAAGAAUGCACUGACGUAAAAUACUACUUAAGAGACAAUGUGUCCUCCUUAUGCACGAAACAUUUGGGGACGAUCUGGUGUCUUACAGAUGCAUUUAGGCAGCUAGAUUAUAAAGAAAUGGAGCUAAUAAUUUCUUUGUGUUGCCCAACUAAGUGUAAAGUUAAAUUUUUAAUAGAAAUUUGAUGAUACCAACAUAACUGUACAAUGCCCGUAAGAAAAAACAGUUCCCAAGGAAACGUCUCUGGUCCAUGCAUUUUCAUUUAGAAAGCAUGCUGGAUGCAUCGACUCCUCAUGUGGGGCUGAGAAGGGGUGUGUCUGGAGAAAUCAUGUACCUGAUAUUUAAACAUAGCAUCUCUUGAGAUUUAAAAAAAAAUACCUAUUUGUUUUUUUUUGUUUUCUUUCUGUUUUUUUUUUUUUUUUGUCAGCUAAAUGUGAAUAAAAAGUUCUUGUGCAGUAAUUGUCA